CGUGGCGCUUGGGCUCGCUCGGCCAAUGGGCGUGACGCGGGGGUCUCGCUCAGCCAAUGGGAAGGGAGCAUGUUGUCUUCGGCCCUGAGGGAGGGAGAGAGGAAGUGGAGGCGCUUCCUCUAGUCCCGGCGGUUGUUGCAGGUCCCUCUGAGGACCUUUUUCACAGUUGUGACACUGCUAUGUUGAAAGAUGCUGUUGGAAAAACUUUUCGACUUCUUGGAUACACCAUUCAGUAUGGGUGUAUAGCUCACUGUGCCUUUGAAUAUUUUGGCGGAAUUGUUGUGUGUUCAGGACCUUCAAUGGAGCCUACAAUUCAGAAUUCAGAUAUUGUGUUUUCAGAGAAUCUUAGCUGCCAUUUUUAUAACAUUCAGAAAGGUGAUAUUGUCAUUGCAAAAAACCCAACUGAUCCCAAAUCAAAUAUUUGUAAAAGAGUAAUGGGCUUGGAAGGAGAUAAAGUCUGUACAAGCAGUCCUUCAGAUUUUCUCAAGAUACACAGCUAUGUACCUAAAGGACAUGUUUGGUUAGAAGGUGAUAAUCUCAGAAAUUCUACAGAUUCCAGGUGUUAUGGUCCUGUUCCAUAUGGAUUGAUAAGAGGACGCAUUUGCUUUAAGCUGUGGCCUCUGACAGAUUUUGGAUUCCUACGUGCAAGUCCCAACAGUCACAGGAUUUGUAAUGACUGACUUACUCUCAAUAGUUUAUUUUCAGUUUUUAUUGGCUUGUAAAAAACAAAACAAUGUGUGUAUAUUUAUGUACAAUAAACAACAUUGUUUAA